AUGUUUAGCCUAUCGCUAAAUCGGCUACGUAUAAGUGUUAGUCAUGUUACUCAACAAUUUGUUCGUACAGCGGCUCAAAUUACGUCUAUUCACGCGGUCACAUCAUUGAGAACCACACCACCAACUAAGCAGCAUACAGUUGAAGAGGCCAACAAGAGGAAACAGCUUCUUGAAAGAACUGGUCUUUUUGGAAUCAAAAGGGGCAUGAUAACUUGGUAUACAGAGAAAGGAGAACAGAUACCUGCCACUGUGCUCGAAAUAAAUUCGUGUGAGGUUAUAGGCCACAAAACUCGUGAGGAAUGGGGAUAUGAUGCCAACAUUAUAGGUGCAAUCGACAAACUAAAGAAUUACCCAAGAAUGCACGAGUUGAAAAUAUUUGAAAAAGCCGGUACUGCGCCAAAGGCCAAAUUUGGAGAGUUUAGAGUUCGUGGAGAAACAAGUUUACUUCCAUUGGGUACAGAACUUAGAGCUGAUUUCUUUGCUGUGGGACAAUUGGUAGAUAUUAAGGGUGUAACCAAAGGUAAAGGUUUUGCAGGUGUCAUGAAACGUUGGAAUUUCCUGGGUGGUCGAGCAACACACGGUGUUUCGAAAGCUCAUAGAACACCUGGUGCAAUGGGAGGUAAUCAGAACCCUGGAAGAGUUUUCCCAGGUAAGAAAAUGCCAGGAAGAAUGGGAUGUUCAAACAUGACAGAUUUUAAUAAGCAAGUUUUGCAUGCCGAUGGAGAUGCUGGUAUUUUGAUUGUUAAGGGAUGCAUACCAGGACCCAAGAAAGGCAUUGUGAGAGUCUCUGAUUCUUUAAAACUCUAUGGAAAGUCGUUGAACCAACUUGCAAGAGAGUAA